AUGGCCAAAAAGAACAUCGAAUACACUGCCAGGGUCGUUUUUCUCCAUGGAUUCACCCAGCUGGCCCUGGCCUUCUACGCCAAAACCCUGGCGCUCCGGAAAAAACUCGCCCUGCUUAAACUUAAAGCUGUAUACUUGAAUGCUCCAAUCCAGCUUACUCCAGCCCAACUUCCCACCACAGACUCUCUUUCACGGUUUGGAGCUGUUGGAGGCGACGACGACCUCGUGAAGUACCGGGCCUGGUGGAUAAAAAACCCAGAUAACACUUACGAGAUCGAUCUGGCGAUAGAGAGUGUGAAGAAGUAUAUGGAUGAGAAUGCCAUACUUAAUGAAGAGCUGGGAGAGUACGAAAAACAGGAUGAAGAGGAUACGAAGCUUCCUAUUAAGGGGCUUAUCGGGUUCUCCCAAGGUGCUUGUUUUGCUGGGGCCAUGGUGCACAAGUUCGAAGAGCUCUUUGGAGCACCUCUAGACUUUGCUGUGCUUUACUCUGGGUUCAGGAUAGACACGUCGCUUAUGCCUGAAAUUAAAAAGUACUAUACUGAAGAUGAUGGAGAGCUGACGAAGGCGAGGUUGUUGCAUGUGGUGGGUGAAUUAGAUACGGUGGUUGGCGAAGAUAGAGCGUAUACGUUUUACGAGAGCAGCAAGAAGAACCUGGACUUGUUGAAGCAUCCAGGAGGGCAUUUUGUGCCUAAUUCGAAGUUGCUCGUGGACCAGGUGGUGAACUGGAUCCAGCAGGAAGAGAAGAAGGCAGAGGAGAAGAAGGACGACAGUGUGGAUGACAUUUUGGCCAUGAUGGAUAAGGUUGGCGUGUGA